AUGGAUAGCGUAAUAUUAAAGGAACGGUUAAAACCUGGUAGAAAGUCUAAGAAAGAUGGUAAUUCUUCAGUGGUUCUUUCUGAACAGGAGAUGAAGGCAAGGAAGCUGUUGCAAAAUAGAAAAGCUCAGCGUGCAUUCAGAGAGAGGAAAACAAGUAGAAUAUCUGAAUUGGCUGAUGAGGUUGGUAGUUUGAAGAAAACAAUUAAGGAGUGGGAGAAGAAAUACGCUGAGUUAAACUUAAAGUAUGAAAUUGCUUUGAAAGAAGUUGAUUUGUGGAAGUCUGGUAUCUCUUCAUUAAGGGAGAAAGCUGCUGCUGUUACGUUGCCUUCUAUCACGAUCCCUGAAGUGAUAACUCCUUCCGCAACACCUGAUAUUGUGAGAAACCAUACAUUUAAAGAUGCGAACUUAACAACUAUCAUUGACAAUUUCAAACCGAUGAAAGCCGUCAGUUUGAAGAGACAGAUGAUUAACAAUGAGAAGCUCCUCGACGAGUCGAUGGGUGACAUCCAACAAGAACGUUGUGUGUUUGCGGAUGAUCCAAAUAACAAAGAUUUUAUUUGCGUAUGCAAGAGUUUAAAAGUACCAAAGGGUGAUUACAAACACAUCCCCAGUACGAUGCCAAUCACUAGUAUAACGACGAUGAAGAGGAAAUUCAAUGCUGAUGGUGAGAGAGUGAAGCCUCCGCUUUAUUUCAAUAACGGAUCGUAUGAGCUUGAUUUCAACGAGAUUCAAGAUGCGAAAUCUAAAGAAUGUUGUCAAAAGAAGGUUAAAGGAAACGAGUGGUCAUGUGAGAAAAAUUGUACGAAAUUAUUUGAUGAAGAUAGUACUACAAAUGAUGAUUCAUGUGAAACCAAAAAGACUGAAAUUAUACGAGAUAUACAAAGCAAAGCAAUGACUCCGACGCGAACUGAGUCAAGGAACUCUUAG